AUGUCCACUGCAAUCGCCAUCGCUCAGUUGAGUAGCUUAGUCCGAGACUUGGAGUCUUGGAUAGCGGGGUUAAAUGACAUACCAUUCGCGAAGGACGACUUACGCGCGUUGGACGUGCUGGGCAUGAAGCUCUCGGAUGCAGCGGCUACUGUCCAGACGAAGACUGGAUCAUUCAGGCCGUCCCGUGAGGAUGAAGCAUGGAAAGCGAGUAGAAAAUUGAGAUCUCAAGCUCAAUCAACUAUUGCACACUUGAUUGACCAUGGGAAACUAGAGCGUCCGGCAGUCUUUAGAAGAAAUAUCGUUCUCAUAUUUACGGGGCCUAAAGUUUCGGAAUUUGAUUCCGAUGAGGUGAGGUCAAGAAAAGCAGCCACGCGACUGAGAUGUGAGAGACUUAAGACACUUAGUCCAGAUGGGGUAGUUGCAUGGGCGGCUUCCUAUACACCUACGUCAUGGGCAGCUGGUCUCAUGGGGAAGGAUAUAUUUGAGUGCCUUAUCGACAGUAUUGAACUAGGUUCAACCCAGAAUUGGCCGCCAGUUAUUCGAGAUACACUGCAGAAGUUACGGACUGAUGAAGCACUUCAAAAUUCACUUCAAUAUAGUGAAUUUAUGGUUGCCACUAGUAACCCAUCUACCGGCAGCCAGGCGCGGCUUGAAAAUCAAAUACAUACAUCAACACCCUCAUCAGAGCCGCAUAUCGGCACGUGGAAUCCCAAGGCUGCUGGCAGCUCACAUAGCCCAUACAAAGAACAACUCGACAACGGGAUGGCGCAAGAACAGGGAAAUCUAAUAUUUAUGCCAGUUUUAUAUUUGCCACGAGAAUUCUACAAAUACUCCGGACUACUCACUAGUCAACUGGAGUAUAUCUGCGGCCCGCACCUUUCCAAUGCCAUCAAGACGAGCUGUCUAUGGGAUGGAGGUGUUGCGACACAUUGUUUUGGUGUAGCAUUCCCCAGCAACCCUCUCGAGGAUGCUAUAGUCGUGAUAUCGAUGAGCCAACUCGCUGGAAGUCAACUCGUGCAAUUCAUUGACUCCACGCCACCCACGUCUUCACUGCCCGGACUGCGUAUCCAGCAGUAA